GUAAAAUGGCGCCUUGUCUGUGGUGAUUUUGUGGAGAACUUUCACAACAUUUUUCAACACAUUUCGUCAGGUUCGCGAGCUUUUCGGGAGUUGAUAUGGCGAGCUCUGUGAUGUUUCAAAUGAAAGGAAGAAAAGUUCACUGUCGUCAGGACUACGAUGACCAUCCUGACCAUGUGGCAAUUACCGAACGACUGAGGAAGACGCUGUACUUCGGCAAAACUCCACAAUUUGACCGACCUUCUCUUCCAUUAACAGAACUGGCUGUGGAGAUUUGCCAAGAUGCUGCUCAGCGAGAACUUGGUAGAGUGGACACCUAUGUGGCAUCUUCCAUGGGACGGAGAGCCUGUAUGUCCCCCUGCUCCAUGGUGCUCGGACUGCUAUACAUAGAGAGGUUGAAGAAGAAAAACCCUAGUUACCUCAGACAGGUGUCUUCCUCAGAUCUCUUCCUUAUUUCAAUGAUGAUGGCUUCCAAAUAUGUUUAUGAUGAAGGCGUGGAUGAAGAGGUGUUCAAUGACGAGUGGGCAGAGUCUGCAAGAAUGGAAGUUGAUGAGGUCAACGACCUAGAAAUGGACUUUCUCUCCGCCAUGGACUGGGGCCUGUUUGUCAGACCAGAGGACUUUGAGACUGUGUUACAGAAUAUUGAAAAACAAAUUGCUCUAGGACAAGGACUUGCCAGGAACUGGUUCUCCUACACAGAUCUGUGGGUGCUGUUCCAGGAUCCAAAAUACCAACACCACUGGGCAGAGAUCAGGAAGGAACUGAGCAAGGUAUUUAUCGCCUGCUCAUUGACAUACAUCGCAGGCGUGUUGACAAUGGUCGGAUCAGUGAUGGCAUUAUUUUAUGCCUCUGCUGGCAUUUCCAUGGUUACCCCAGUUCUCCUGCCGUUGUUCACUGCUCCCAUUGGUCACUUGGCAUUGAAGCCAACGAGCCAGGUUAUGUUGCCUAGACAAGACGGGGUUCUACUGUCCGGUAUGGCCGUGGAUAUGGAUAGACUGAAUUCUAAUCUGUCAGAGGAAGAUCAACCACAGCAGACCCUUGGCAGUGAUGAUAUAAUGGCAACCAUGAGCUCACGAAAUCCUAGGAAACCCGCAGAAUUGUCAAUGUUUUCCUCUGUGCUACCUCCCUUUCUAGCAGUUGUAACCUUGAAAAACACUCUUCUGAACUUUGUCUCUGCUGUGAGUAAUCCAGGGGCAGAUAACCCUGGAACUAUUUCACAAUUGUCUCCCUUCUCUUGCCAACCUGGAGUCUGUAAUUCACACAUGAAACCCAACUGCUGGAACCUGUCAAAUCCUGACUCGAGUACUGCCUCAACUAGUCACAAGUCUUGCUGCGGACAUGAUCAACAAAACUUUGAUGCCAACAUGAAGAACAAUGAAAAGUUUCGUCAAACUUCCACGUGUCUCCAGACAAAACUGAACAAGGACUCUGAAUCAACUGAAUUUCGUUGCUGUUGUGAGAAAGAAACUGGCUUCUUGGAGGCAUUGAUGGUUCAAAGGGACAUUUUCCCAGAUAUAAGUCUAGGCUUCCAGACAAGGACAUUGACCCCUAUGGUGGCUGACACAUAACACAAGUGUCAGAAGUUAUCUCCCUUGGCUAUGAAGUUCAUCUCCCUCUAGGACUAAUUCCACAAAACUGACUUUAUCAUGGUUUGAACUAAGGUGUACAAAUUGUGGCAUCAGCCCUUGAUGUAGACUGAUAGAAGAAAUGUAUUUAAGUGAGCAUUAACAACGUUACUCUGAAAUUCUAUGAUGUACAUCUACAAGCCCAGGACAAAUUACACAAACAUCCGCUUCGAUCUAUUUUAUAUUGGGAUAUUCAGUCUUUGGGGUACUCCAAAAAACUGUAUUUGUUAUUCAUACAGAGUAGUGCUCAAUUUGUGGUACAUAUUGGCUGACAUCUUAUGAAGCAAGGUACAUUUCCAAGGUCAUUGUUACUUGUAUCUACACAACAGAAUUUUCCUUGAAAUCUGACAUAAUAAGUAUCUAAUCUGGACUAAAAUUGCCAAAACUAAUCAGGGUCUGUUACUGGAAGAAAUUUUGGCUGAUUUUGAGGGAAAAGAUUCUCUUCCCUGUAUCUAGUUUUGGACUAACAAAUGUGUCGCUACACAAACUGAAAUGUCACUUGUAUCUGUGACUUCCCAAAUCUGUGGCAUUUCACCUUUGUAUGAGGAUUAAAUGGUUUAAUCCAGAUUUCUAAAAGAUUAUACUGAUAUUGCAUUAUAUAGCUGAGGGAGAUAACUUGUAUGGACACUAAUGCAUAAAAUGUUGCUGAAAUUUGAUCACAAUUGGACAAUGAGGCGGAAUUUACACGUUUAACAUUUUUCAGCAGAUUUCUAUUUAUUUUUGUAAACUCAAUUAUAUAGACUUCAAGCUGAAAUGGUGCUUUUGUGGUGUUUAUUUUCGAAGAGCAGUUUAUAACAGUGUGUUUUUUGUGAGAGAAAAAAAUCAAAUAAGUAAAUGAAUUUAAAGCAGUUUCAGAGGAAUAGUUUUAAACCUAUACUGUAUGAUUUUUUCUGUGAACUGAUACUGGUCACAGUUUGAUGUGAGAGGUGACUGACUUGAACAGAAUUCAUUAUCCCCUGUGACACUUGUACUUGUGUAAGGAAUAACUUUAAAGGCAAAGAUUUCCUCUUAAAACAUACUUGAACACAUUUUAUGAACGACCUUAAUAUUUCACUUAAUUGAGAGAUAUUCUUGACUAAACCCUAUGCCACAAACUAAUUAAAUAUGUAUGUUGUCUUAAAAAAAAUCUCUUUAUCAGUUUUGGAGAUGUCUUAAAACAGGGAAAGCAAAUAAUUUCCUACAUAGUGUUUGAUUCAUAAAGUUAUUAUUAAAUAACAGUUUCUUGGCAGUAUUUACAUUUGGGAUGUAGGAGAAUUACUAUGUAAACUUAGUCUAAAACUUGCAACAUUUAUGGCUCUAAAUGUCUUAAUUAUGGUUUGUGUCUAAUGUGGAUUAAAUGGAAGACUUUAAGAGGACAUGAUUUAUUUUUAAGGUCCGUAAUAUCAUUAUUAUUAAAUUUAGUGAAUUUGCCGAGUGCUGAUUAUUUAAAAAGUAUGAUCGAGAAUUGAUAUUUUUAAUGUAGUUGCAUUUUCCCAUUAGGCCACAUCAAUUUCAUUUGUUGUUUUGCAGAAUAAGUUUUUUU